AUGGCGGGAGGAUUGGCGCUCGCGACCGAUUUAGCAACCCCGUUCACACCCCCUCUCACAGACGUGCCCGGGGUUGAACCGCCCGCGGGUUCGUCACAUAUAGCGCCCCGAGUCCCCAGCAGUCCGGGCGAAUCGGAGGAAGUGAUGGCGGAAACGAACGGGGAGCGCCACGCGUUCCAGGCCGAAGUCAGCAAGCUGCUCGGCCUCAUGGCCAAUUCGCUUUAUCGCGACAAGGAGAUUUUCCUGCGGGAGUUGAUCUCCAAUGCCUCGGACGCCUGCGACAAGCUGCGCUACGCGGCGAUCACACAGCCCGAUCUGCUGGGCGACGACGCUGCGCUCGCGGUGACGAUUACGCCCGAUAGCAAGAGCGGCGUGCUGGUGGUGGCCGACAACGGCAUCGGCAUGAACCGCGAAGAGCUGAUCGACAACCUCGGGACGAUCGCACGCUCCGGCACCGAGGCGUUCGUCAAGCAAAUGGCCGAGUCGCACGGCGGCGACGGACAGGACGAGCAGGACGGGCAGGAUGGCUUCGCCGCCGGUCUCAUCGGCCAAUUCGGUGUGGGCUUCUAUUCGUGCUUCAUGGUUGCGAAGCGGGUCGAGGUGGUGACGCGCAAGCCCGACGAGGCCGAGGGCUGGCGCUGGCGGUCCGACGGAACCGGAUCGUUCUCGAUCGCGCCGGAGGCCGACGCCGCCCGCGGAACAAGGAUCGAGCUUCACCUGCGCAAAGACGACCGCGAGUUCCUGGAACCGCUCCGCAUCCGCACCGUCGUCAAGGCCUACUCCGACCACAUCGGCCUCCCGAUCUGGCUGGAAAACGAUAGCGGCCAGAAGGAGAUGGUCAACGAGGGCUCGGCCCUCUGGAGCCGGCCGAAGACCGACAUCGACGAGGCCCAAUACCGCGAGUUCUACCACCACAUCGCCCACAUGCCGGGCGAUCCCUGGCACACCAUCCACCUCCAUGCCGAAGGGCGCAUCGAAUACACGGCGCUUCUCUUCGUGCCGGACUCCAGGCCCUUCGAUCUGUUCGAACCGAUACGCCAGCACCGGGUUCGGCUCUAUGUCAGGAGAGUUUUCAUCACCGACGAGUGCGAGGGGCUGAUCCCGCCCUAUCUCCGCUUCGUCCGGGGCGUGGUGGAUUCCAGCGAUCUUGCGCUCAACGUGAGCCGCGAGACCCUUCAGAACGACCCGAUCCUGGCGAAGAUCAGGACCGGCCUGGAAGGGCUCUACGAAGAUGCCGAGCAGAAGGACCGGCUGCUUCCCCUCGUCCGCUUCCGGUCCACGGGCGGCGGCGAUCGCUGGCUCUCGCUCGACGAGUAUGUGGACUCAAUGCCGGAGGAGCAGGAGGCGAUCUACUACAUCAGCGGGGAGGACCCCGAUGCGCUGCGCCGCAGCCCGCAGGUCGAGGGUUUUCGUGCGCGCGGGAUCGACGUGCUGCUCAUGGCCGACCCGGUCGAUCAGUUCUGGCUGCCGGUGGUCGGCGCCUACAAGGAAAAGUCGUUCCGCUCCGUGACCCAGGGUGCCGCGGACCUCGACCGCUUCGCUGUGCGCGACGAGGACAAGCCGGAUGAGACCGACGCACCCCCGCCAGGCGAGAUCGACAAGCUGAUCGCCCUGGUCAAGCUGACGUUGGCCGACGCGGUGAAGGACGUGCGGACCUCCGAACGCCUGACCGACAGCCCUGUCUGCCUCGUCGCCGACGAGGGCGACCUCGACAUGCACCUGGAGCGGCUCUUGCGCCAACAUAAGCACGAGGUGCCGGCGCAAAAGCGUGUGCUCGAGAUCAACCCGUCACACGAUCUGACCCGCGCGCUGGCGCGCAUGGUUGGGCAAAAGGGAGCGACGGAGGCGCUCGAGGACGCCGCCCAUCUGUUGAUGGAUCAGGCACUGAUCCUGGAGGGCGAGCCGGUCCCCGACCCUUCGGCCUUCACCAAGCGCCUUUCGGGGCUCAUAUCGCGCGCGCUCACGGAGUGA